CCGAAGCUUUCGUCAAAGCAGUCAUGGACAAAUUCAGCGAAGCCAACCUCUCCGUGCCCGACUCGAGCGCCAACACCCAAUGGUCCGCCGGUCAGUCUGGACCUCCUGCCUAUCCAGGAUCGAGCACAAAUCCUAGCAACGCUACUACGUCGCAAACCGAUGCGGAUCGGGCCGAACUACUCGAGCUGCGACACAUGUACCGCAAUAGUACGCUCCAACCAUCAGGACAAUCCUACACGGCGCCCAGCGUGUACAGUUCGGUGUCGGACGCCACGAGCAUGUCGAUUACCCACAAUUCGGGGGACGGUGGGUUGAGAAUGAUCGAUCCGAUCCCCAAGCACAACCCGUACAGUCUCCCGUUGAAGGGUUUGAGGACCAAAAAGUACAAUCCGGGUAAAAAGGCGCCCGGUUGGCACAAGGAUUACAAGAUGCAAUGUCAAACGGCUCCGCAAUGGCAAUUCUUGUCCGAUUUACAUCAGUUGAGGGAGCAAAAUUGCGACUGCGGGUAUGACAUGCAUCUACCCGUCCCGCCGUCAUUGUGCGCAAACUCUCCGACGCACAUCCGCAACGACGCUCAAGGGAGGCGAAUUUUGAAGGACCAGCCGUACAACCGGGGCAAUUGGGACAAGCCCAUCACCACGGGCGAUUGGGACGCGUUCAUUGAUACGCUCGAUCCGUUGAUCCUCGGAGACAAGACUCUAAGUACUGAUGACCAGAACACGCUGGAUGCAAAGCCUCAAGAGGGGCUCGAAUUGCCUUCUCGUGCGACUCACGAACAGCGGGAAGCGAUCACCGCUCGGAACCUCGAGAUUCGUAGUGACAACGAGAAGCUUUUACGCAGACAGAAGACGAUUCGCAUUGUCGACAGAGCGACUGUUUUCAUGAUCACAAAUAUCGUUCAGAGCCGAUGA